AUGGUGAUUGCCGAGGCUGGUCCGUCUGCCCCUGUUGUUGUUUCGUCCGCUCCGGCUGCUGCUCCUGGUCCCCUGGCUCUCCUUGUCGAGCCGUCGGCGUCUGCUCCUGCUGGGGAUGUUGCUGAUCCCCCUGUUCCUGUCCCUGGCGCCCCCAUUGCACUGCCUGCUUCUGUCCCCGGCGUGCCUGCUCCGGCUUCUGCUUCGUCACCGAAGGCGGCGUCCGCCACCACUGGCAGCCCGGCUCCAUCGGUUGCGCCCUCAGCAGCGGGCCAGUCCGCGCCUGCUGUGAUGCUGAUGGCCCCGGCAGGUCAGCCGUCAUGCCCCGUGUCACCGGACGGCCGCCUGUAUCGCCCCCAUUCCCCCGUGCUCCACCAGGAGCGCACGUCGGGUCCCCGCGGGCGCGGUGGUGGUGGGGCGUACUGCCCGCGCGUGACGAUAGCGGAUCUUCAGCAGGAGGUGUCGAGAGCAGUGCGUGAGGAGAGGGCGGCGCAGAGCCAGAUUAGGUUGAUGCGCGCCUCGCCAGCCCAUGAGGCUCCUCGUCAGGCUGCGCUCCCCUUUCAUUCACCGCCCUCCUCUGCACCCCCUCCCCAGGAUCACGCCCCAAUGGAUCCUGCUCCCGCUGUCUCGACACCCGCUCCUGGAUCGCGUCUUCGUCUGCCGCCGAUUCCGCCUGUUGCGGGAGUGGCCGUGUGA